AUGCCUGACAUCAAACGCCAGAUCAAGCUCGUCACUGAGCAGCACGUCUUGCCUGAUGUCCCCUCAGAAGUCGAGGGCUUCCCCAUGCGCGAAUGGAGCAUCGAAGUCUACGUAGUCGGCCCCAAUGACGAACAACUACCUGCCACCUGUUUCGAGAAGGUCACCUACCGCCUGCACGAAUCCUUCGGCAAGCGUGCCAACCAGAGUCUCAAGCAAGCCCCCUUCAGAAUUCAGGAACAAGGAUGGGGUGAAUUCGACAUGUCCAUCGUCCUCACUCCCUUUUCUCAGCCCAAGGGCGAGCAGACCAUCUUCCACGACUUGAACUUCCAGCAAGAACGCUAUGAGAGCAUUCAGCAGUUUACUUUCCGCAACCCCAAGCCUGAGCUUGUUGACAGACUAAGAGAGUCCGGUCCUGUCGGCGAUGCCAAUGGUGCUGCUAAGCCUGAGAAGAGAAAGAAGGCUUCCAAGACUCAAGUCGAUAUGGAGAAGCUGGCAGAGGGUCUUGAGCGACUCGGCGAAGACGAUCUCCUGCACGUCGUCCAGCUGGUGCACGACAACAAGACCGAAGAAACAUACACCAAGAACGACGUCGAGAAUGGCGAGUUCCAUGUCGAUCUCUACACACUCCCUGAUCAGCUCAUCAAGAUGCUGUGGGACUUUGUGAACCAGAAAGUCAACAUCGCAGACUUUUGA